UUGUUUUUUUCAAAAUUACCAUGUUUCCAUUUAGCUAUUUUCUUUUCAAAAUAUCAAAUUUUGCCAUCACAUGAUCAAUGGAGAUGUACUUAUUCUAGCACAAACACUUUUCCUCGAAAACAUGCUUUUUCAAAGUUGGAGUGUUUCCAUUAAACUCAUUUAUUUUCAUUCAAUUUGCGCAAUCUUAAAGGUCAAUGAGUUUGCUACCGCAUCUAAAGGUUGAAUGGAAAAUAAAUAAAAAAAAGAGUGCAAAAACAGGUUUGACAAGAAAAAUAAAUACAUCCUAAUUUGUGUUUGGGAACUUUGAAUCAACUGAUUCCUCUGUUUUCAUUUUUCAUUUCAUUUUUCUUUUUCAGCUAUUCCACUGUAGAUUUAGUGCUGCCAUCUGAUUGAAACAAUUUGGUUGUGAGUACUCUUUCUCCGACUUCAUAGACUUCAAAGUGUUUGAAAAUGGCCCGGUGUGAUGGGCGGCACCUUAGAGUUGUUCCUUCCCACCAUCGCCGCAUGCUUGCUCUGGAGGACGGACGUCCGCUUGGUCAUUGAUUCAUAGACACAUUUUGAAUUCUGCUACAUCUCGCAAUGAAUUGUGAUCUGUUGAACUAGCUCAACGGCUGGCUACGUGAACUAAAUUUGGACGCUGUUUAAUUUUGUGUAACUGCAUAUGAACAGAACGUACAGUAUUUCCAAAGUGAAACAAACCGAAUUGAAUGGAACAAUGGCUUUCCAUAGGUCACUGCUGCUGAUGUCUGUAGCAGAGUCGACUGCAUUUAAACUUAUUGGUCGUUUCUUUUGAUCAAAUAUACUUGAACAGAAGCUGCUACUUCCCAUAUGGCUUUCCAUUUUGGCUUAAUAAAUACUGACAUAGUAGAUUCUAUCGUCUGGUUUUUUGUUGCUCUUGGGGUAAAUAUCAUUUUAGGACCUGGUAAACCACAUCAACUUUAAUAUGCCGUGACCCUGGCAUGAAAAUGAUGUAUUUACUUUUUUCUAUCCGGUGUAUGUGACUGUAUAUCUGUCAUUAUGGCUCUUACAGAAUCUCUUGGGUUGCAUUUCAUUAAUGCAAGACCAAAACAAGCCCACAGGGGGCGACAUAAGGACACGACAUGAGCUGAGAAGAGGCAGCAGACGAUUGGGAGAUUGGAAAAGGCUCUAAUAUUUAGAGUCGUGAUUAUUUUUUUUUUUUCAAUAUUUGACCAGUUCGAAAGAAUAAUAAUAAUAAAAAAAUAAUAAUGACUCUGGAAAUCAUAGGCGAUGUCCGACUUUGAAAGUGAAUUUUAUUGAAUUACUUUUGCAUUAGCGCCACUGUAACGCGCCCUCCUUAUGAAUGCGCGGUUCGACGUGCUAAUAAAAUGCAUUAACGGGCUGCAGCUGCUCGUUAGGCUGUUAUAACGUGGAGCCGCGGGCUCACAGAGGGGCGGGCUGAGACGCUGCUGAUAUCCUCUGACUUUCAGACCCAGCUCUUCCAGAGCGCCGCUGCGCGUCAAGUGGGACUGGUGACGGCGAACUCUCUCCCCAUCCACCAACAAAAGUGGGGGCGAAAAAAAAAAAAAAGUUCAACCGGACAAAGUCAACAGGAAAGCAGACGGCAGCAGCCGGAGCGCACACGAGCUGCAUUAAAGGGAUCAUUUCCUGGCAGCGGGGGUGUGCGGAGAGAUACAUUAAAAUGAUGCAUGAGCUGUGCGUAAAAAUCAAAAAGAUUCCUCUUAGGGGCUGACCGUCGGACGGAAGGGGACUGAGCCAAACACACACACACGCCCACGCACCCCCCCCCCCCCCCCCACACACACACACACAAAAGCGGAGAGAAGCUUUCUUCAUGCAAAUUCGUGAAAUCAGAGGCGUGCCUUCGGGCGAUGGAGUCACAGCCGGAAAGGCAAAGCCCCCCCAGUUGGAUCAUCCCCGACCUUCAAAGACUGUGAAGCGCGGCGCGCGGACGCAUUGACGGCCACACCGGGGCAAAUGUUAAGCAAGAGGUCGCUUUCUGUCUUCUCCUUGUUUUCCGUGGACUUGACUGGCUGCUGUUCUCCCAGAAGUCCGUGCAGCGGUUCUUCUGUCUCUACUGGAUCACUACUGAAAACUUGCCGCAGCAGUCAUCACUAUCAACAGUUGGUUCUUAGUAUACAUAUAGGCUAUAUAUAUUUUUCCCCCCCCAUAUAGUCAUAGAUGUUUACACUCACUCGCGGAACACUCCGAGUAGCCCCGAUGCAGUUUAUCUUACCAGCAUCUUUAUUUGCGCGUUUUUUCGCCUAAAGACCUUUUUUUUUUUUUAACCAGUUCUUGAGAAAACUUUUUCUUUUUUCUCUCUCUCUCUCUCUUUCUCUCUCUCUACCAAAUCGUCGAGGAUUUUGUUUUUCCCUCCAGCCUCCACACCCACCACCAUGUCCGAGGACGACGGCAGCGGCUGCCGCUCCAACCCCGGCGGCGGGGUGCGCGACGCGGACGCCAGCGGCGUCAGCGUCCUCAGCUGGGAGCAAGUGCAGCGGCUGGACGCCAUCCUCACCGAGACCAUCCCCAUCCACGGCCGGGGGAACUUCCCCACGCUGCAGAUGCAGCCGCGCCAGAUCGUCAAGGUGGUGCGGAGCCGGAUGGAGGAGAAGCAGAUCCGCGUGCGGGACGUCCGGCUGAACGGCUCCGCGGCCAGCCACGUCCUGCACGAGGACAGCGGGCUGGGCUACAAGGACCUGGACCUCAUCUUCUGCGCGGACAUGAAGGGCGAGAGCGAGUUCCAGACUGUAAAAGACAUCGUUUUGGAUUGCCUCCUGGAUUUUUUACCCGACUGCGUCAACAAAGAGAAAAUAACCCCGUUGACUCUGAAGGAAGCCUACGUGCAAAAGAUGGUGAAGGUGAACAACGACUCGGACCGCUGGAGCCUCAUCUCUCUCUCCAACAACCGGGGGAAGAACGUGGAGCUGAAGUUCGUGGAUUCCCUCCGGCGGCAGUUUGAGUUCAGCGUGGACUCCUUCCAGAUCAAGCUGGACUCCUUGCUUCUGUUCUACGAGUGCUCUGAAAACCCCAUGUCCGAGACCUUCCACCCCACCAUCGUGGGCGAGAGCGUCUACGGCGACUUCGGCGAGGCCCUGGACCACCUGCGCCACAAGAUCAUCUGCACCAGGAACCCAGAGGAGAUCCGAGGCGGGGGGCUCCUCAAGUACUGUCACCUGCUGGUGAGGGGUUUCCGGCCAGCGUCGGAGUCCGAGAUGAAGUCUCUGCAGCGCUACAUGUGCUCUCGCUUCUUCAUCGACUUCCCCGACAUCGGAGAGCAGCAGCGCAAGCUGGAGUCCUACCUUCAGAACCACUUUGUAGGGCUGGAGGACCGCAAGUACGACUACCUGAUGACCCUCCACGGAGUGGUCAACGAGAGCACAGUGUGCCUCAUGGGACACGAGAGGAGGCAGACCCUCGGACUCAUAGCCAUGCUGGCGGUGCGAGUCCUUGCAGAGCAGAACGUCAUCCCGAACGUGGCUAAUGUGACGUGUUACUACCAGCCUGCUCCUUAUGUGGCAGACGGCAACUUCAGUAACUACUACAUAGCGCAGGUGCAGCCGGUGUUUGCCUGCCAGCAGCCUGCGUACUCCACAUGGCUACCCUGUAACUGAGUCGACCCGAAGGGGAAAGGAGGAGGGCAAGAGUCUGAUUUCUUUAAACGGGAGUGAGCGCAACCAUUAUGGCCUCAGAUCUGUCCGGCGUGUUCGACGGCUGACACAAGAGAGUCCGCUGUUUAAAUGUUUUGCCUCAAAGCUUCUGUUUCAGUUCAUACAUAAAGUAUGAAUGAUGCAUCCAGAACAGCUGCCGCGUUUUCAGCGUGACUAUUACACAUUUGUUUUCAAACGCCGACCUCACCUCGUUCCACCGAGGCCAAAUGGGGAUGUGGCAGAGGGGUGGGAGGCAUGGGGGGGCUGGGAGAGAGGAGGUGUUUCUAAGCAGCAAAUUUUGGGUAUAUUGAAAGCGACGGCUGAAUGCAAAUUUGUGCCUAGCCUCGAAGCGAGCAGCAGAACUGUCACAGAGACUGAUCGAAUCUGUCACAAACCAAUUAGGCUGCUGACCAAACGGCUGCAUCGCCGUCAUCGAGCAGACAGCUAACUCCAGAAAAGCUUUUAUGGGUGGUCUGCUCAGUGCAAGUUAACACUCACACGCGCGCACAGACAUGCAGGAUGAAAUGAGAGGUGUGUGUGUGCAAGGCUCCUGACCAAGUACUUGGCAUCCCUGAACCAAAGCCAGUUGCCUCUUGACUGGUCAACUAUGUCCACCUUGCACCUUUGCAACCAAAGAAUCUUUUUGGACCACUUCUGACAUUGCAACCCAAUUUUGACCUGGGAAAACUGAACACAAAUAUGAAGCUAUUGUCAUACCGGUUUGUAUAUGUGAACAUGUAUUAGUUUCUAAGUGCCUCUUGCUUCUGAGCGGACAAGGAAAGCAGUGAGCAGGCAAUGUGACCCCACUCUGGUAACACCCCCAUAUGCUUCUGAAUGUAUUUGUGAUGUCACGCAGAGUCAGUGUUGAAAUGAAAAAAAAAAGGGGGCACCAUGCUUUGGUGCUGGAAUUUUCCUUAAAGUAGCAGCCAAGUAUGUGAUCGAAAGGUAUUUUUUGCAAUGUUUACAUUCUUCAGAUUCAAAAACGCUAUCCUCAGUGAGCGAUAUCCUAUCCGAGUACUGUUGCGGCGGUUAGGAGAAAGGUCAGAUCAUCAGCAACGACGACCAAACAACUCCCAACUGGCAUCUUAUCUUCUGUAUAUGUGCUACAGCGGUGCUUCUCUUUUCCCCUCUCGUCCGAGAGAAAGCAGAUCAAAAGCAAGAGAGGAGAGGGUCCGAGGGAGAUCCUGCUGUGUGUGGUCGCCGGGCUUCAUCCCAUAAUAGCAGGAUAUUUACAGAGACACCUCCGAUCAAAGGAUUCUGUUUGCUGUAACACCCUCGCAGGGAAUUCCUCAGCUGCUGCCAAAGAGCUCGAAAACUCAGCCAGGGUUAGGGCUUAGGGGGUCCGCCGGGUUCAGUGCCCGGUGCCAAACACCUUUAGCCACACCCCUAAAGUUUAACAAUGCGCUGAUGGGAGUGCUGAGCCGAUUGAAGACGGAGGGGUAGAACCGGAGGAGAGACGGGAAGCAAAGGAGAAGAGUGAUCAGUCUGGAGAGAUGGGUGCAGCUGGUGAUGGGGUUUGAUCUCUUUAGGGCUAACGCGCUUUGCCGUAGAGAACGUGUUACGCUCUCGCUUAUAUUUCAACUUGUAGCAGCUUGCAACCUUUAUGGCGAAAACACAAAUGGUCUAUUUUCAGCACUUGCUCUGUUUCAAUGAAUGUUAAUUAAGAAAAAAAAGAGAGAGAGAGAGAAAGAAACGAGUGUGGAGACAGAAAUCCACAUACCAGCCACAGGAGAUUUCAAGUUGCAACCUGUGUUUCUUAGGUUGCCUUAUCUGGUGUUCAUCAGUGUUCUUUUUGGUGUUCAUUUUGACAAAACCUGUACACAUCUCUAUGUAUAUAUAUCUAUUCUUAGAUAUAUGUCUAGCAGUAGAGAGAGGGGAGAGAGACAAUUGUUCACUUCACCGUAAAACAUAAACUGCACUGCAGCUUUUCGAAAUGGCAGGUAGAAUGUGAAAACUGUUAGGGUUAGCCAUAGAGCCGCAGGUUUCCCCACCAACGCAUCACUUUUACGUUGACUCUGAAAAUACACUUUAGUCUUCAGUGCCCAUGUUGAUAGAUUGUAAAGGUGAUGUUUGUCAAUCUGCACUUAAUGAAGUCCUGACAGCUAAUUAGCUAACUAGCUCCAGUCUGCCUGUCACCUCUUGUGUUAGAGAUCGUGGGUCUCGAGUCUCUGUUUCGGAUUUUUCGCAGACUUUUACAAAAACCACACGUUCGGAAAAAAAAUCUUGUCUUGUAUGUAUAUUUUUUAUGAUUCUACUUCUUUUAAAUGUAUCAGACACUGCAGAUGUUGCGGUGCUUUUGAAUCUGUGAUCGGGCUUCAAAAGGAUAUGUUCUCGAUAGAUGUUUUUUUUUUUGCUAUGUUAUGUCGUGUUCAGUUGGUUAA